AUGGGCGUCAUUCUUUUCCAACAGUCACUCAUUUUCAACAUGCUUACUUUCUCUUCUUUCUUUGUUGCUGUGCUGCUAGGCGCCAUCGGCAGCAAUGCUGCGCCACUCAUCCAGGAGCGAGGUAUCGCGCCAAACCUUCUGGGCAACUUCAAGUUGAUGGAGCAGUAUGCGUCGGCAGCAUAUUGCUCAAACAACUAUGACUCAACCGGAGAUCAGAUUGAGUGCUCCACUGGAAACUGUCCGCUCGUUCAAGACGCAGACUCUACCACCGUCAUCGAGUACAGCCGAGAGAAUGCGAUGACCGAUGUGACGGGCUUUGUCGCAGUCGAUCAUACGAAUAAACUCGUAGUUGUCUCCUUCCGCGGUACUCACACCAUCGAAGACUGGCGUACGAACCUCGACUUCGGCACCACUACAACAGAUAUCUGCCCAGGCUGCACUGCUCACCGCGGCUUUUGGCAGUCCUGGCUUGAUGCGCGCGAUAGUGUCUUACCCGCCGUGCAACAAGCAAUAACCGCCUUCCCUAGCUACAGGAUCACCGUAACAGGCCACAGUCUGGGAGGCGCCGUCGCUACACUCGCCGCCGCCAGUAUGCGCACUGCUGGCUACAAUGUCGCGUUGUACAACUUCGGAUCACCAAGGAUAGGAGGAAGUAAGAUUAGCUCCUACAUCAGCAACCAGCGUGGUGGCAACUUCCGCGUCACGCACUGGAACGAUCCCGUUCCUAAGAUGCCGUUGUUGACCAUGGGAUAUGUUCACAUCAGUCCUGAGUACUACAUCAACAAGCCGAGUAGACAGCCGGUAUCGGCUGGCGACAUCCAGACCUUCGCUGGUGCUGCCAAUCUUUUCCAGGGAAACCAGGCAUGGCUAAUCAUGGAUGUCGAAGCCCAUCGGUGGUAUUUCGACAUGGUGUACACCUGCGGAGCGAAGAAGUCGAAGCGUGGAGCUUUGGAGAUGAGGGGCGUCGAGGGAAAUAUGGAGGUGGUGACUACGUUCUGA